CAAAUGUCAGUGAGAAAAAUAUUUUUCCUGUCGCAGCAUCGCACUCCAAAAAACUUUCAUUUUAUUCACAUUUCUCCCCAAUCAUUUAAGUUUUUUCCACUGUAAAGUGCUAAAAUACCGUCCAAUGUUCCUUUUUCAUAUGUUUUUCGCAUAAAUUCUUAGCGUUUUAUAUGUGUAAAGUGCAAAUAUAUAUUUGUAGAAAUUUCGCGAGAUGAAAAUGUACGACUGAACCUAACACAUGCGUCGAAAUUCCAAUUGAGAGUGGCGCGUAAAUUGAAUUGGUUGAUUUUUCCGUUCAAGUUCUCGUAGAAUUCAGUAGUGUUUGUGACCGCCUGGCGAUUUGUUUACAACUUUUUUUCUUCUUCUGCACACCACAAAAAGUCAUCAAAAUUUACACGGUUCCAUAUCAAUUAGCGGCAAUUUAUAUACCUUUUGAAUUUGUGCCGUGAGUGCCAUUGAGAUUCACAAGAGUGACACUAUGAGAGAUUAAUCAAAUUUUCCAAGUUUCCCCGAGCAACUUUGUGAUACAAUUUAAUUGAAUUUUCUGACGAUGCCAUCACCGUCAACCACAACAUCACCUAUGGAGGAUUUUCCUGAAUAUCACAGUGUCCGACAAACGGACAGUAUGUCCAAUUUAAGUGAUAUGUCCGGAAAUACGACAACUCCACAGGGCAAUCGCCCACGAAUGGACGUUGCGUGUGUUAUCGACACUCAUCAAACUGAGAGUCUGCAGCAUCGGAAGUCAGCACUGGAAGAAAUUAAGCAAGCAUGUUCACUCGUAAAUGCAAAUUUGCAGCAUAUUCAGUUUGAAAAAUUGGAUUUUGGCGAGACAAAUGUCUUGGACACCUUCUACAAUGCUGACGUUGCUGUAGUUGACUUGAGUAUUCAAAUCCAGCAGAGUGCUCUAUCUUAUCAUCUGGGAGUUCGCGAGAGUUUUGGUAUGAAAGAGAAUAUACUCAUGUACAAUGACACACAAACUGAAUCUACUUUGCGUCUUAAGAUUUCCUGUGGAACAUACACCUUCUUGUCGUACAAAUUGCUAGAGGGUGAGGGUUCCAAUUCACCUGGCUUGUGCAUUGUGACAAAUCCAACAAGCGGAAAAUUCACCGAAGACCCCCAAGACCCUAAGCAAUCUCUUGUGCAGAGAUUAAAGAAAUUGCUGCAGGAUGUGGAGAUUCAGUCAAAGGCACAUAUGAGAGAGAAAUUUCUAACUGAUUUGAGGGUAGCACGAGAACAAUAUGCUGGCAAUGGGGAAGAGUUGGCAAAAGUUCUGCACAACAUGAGGAAGAGACUGGAUGAUCCAAAUGUAGUAUCUGGUGAAGUUGUUCACAGUUUUAUGUGUUCUCUGCGAGACAUUCAGGAUUACGAUGCUAUGGUGCAGCUGGUGAAUGACUUGAAGACGGUGCCUAACAAGCAGAAGUACAUAAAUACAGGUAAUAUGAGCUGUUUAUAUGCUUUUGCUCUGAAUCGUCGGAAUAAGGAGGGGGAUCGUGAGAAAGCAUUGAAGACGUGCGUUAAAGCAUUGGAGAAGAAGGAGAAUCACUUCCCAGAUAUGUUAUGUCUAUGUGGACGUAUCUAUAAGGAUAAAUUUGUUGAAUCCAGCCAUACUGAUAUUGAUAGUUUGAGAAAUGCUAUUAAAUGGUACAGACGAAGUUUCGAAGUGCAACCUAAUGAAUAUGCGGGAAUAAAUUUGGCAACCUUACUCGUGAUUGAUGGCAAGGACUUUUCAAAUACCGAAGAACUUCAGCAUAUUGGGGUGGUUCUCAACAAUUUAAUUGGUAAGAAGGGAAGUUUGCCCUCCCUCACUGAGUACUGGGAUGUUGCCACCUUCUUCGAGAUAUCAGUAUUAGCUGAAGACUACGCCAAAGCUAUUCAAGCAGCUGAAUGCAUGUUCAAGUUGAAACCUCCAAAUUGGUACUUAAAAUCAACGAUUGGCAAUAUAGCCCUUAUUGAUCGCUUCCGGAAGAAAUCCGAAAACUGUGACUCGAGUCUCGAGCAGCAAAUCUUCAAAUUUUGGAUGGAAUUUUUCAUUGAAGCCACAAAUGUGGAAGCAAAUGAAAACAUUCGUUUUCCUAUACUCAUUCUCGAGCCACAGAAAAUCUACAUGCCCAGCUAUUUAAUUGUUAAUAUGGGAGCUGAGGAAAAAUCACUUCAAAUAAUUAAUAUAUGCCUGGCACAUUCAAAAGGUACAUGUAAGAAGGUACAUGACUUUUUGUUUACUGCCAAUCAAAUUAAAUCUGUCAGCCUGUACAAAAGAGAUGAGCGCUGUGCAUAUUUGUACGUACAUCACAAUUCAGACGACUUCCAAAUUUACCUCCCAUCUGUACCAUGUCGCCAGAGAUUCUAUGAAAUGGUGUUGGAAAUGACAGCUGAUCAGGAAGUCUUUGUAGAUUUGUCAUUGGAUACCAAUCAGAUCAAAUACGAGUAUGAUUUGGAUGAUCAAAAUAAAAGGAUCCAAUUAGGAAAGGGCACUUACGGUGUUGUAUACGCAGCUCGUGAUCUCAAUACUCAAGUUCGUAUUGCGAUUAAGGAAGUCCCUGAGAAAUUCUCACACGAUGUCCAACCCUUGCAUGAAGAGAUCAAACUUCACAGUCAACUGAGGCACAGGAAUAUCGUGCAGUAUUUGGGAUCAGUAUCCGAAGAUAAUUUCUUCAAGAUAUUCAUGGAACAAGUUCCUGGAGGUUCACUCUCUGCGCUGUUGCGAUCUAAGUGGGGUCCACUCAAAGACAAUGAGUCCACUAUUGCAUUUUACUCAAAACAAAUUCUCGAGGGUCUCAAGUACCUUCAUGAUCAGAAGAUAGUCCAUCGUGAUAUUAAAGGAGACAAUGUCCUAGUCAACACGUACAGUGGGGUGGUCAAGAUAUCUGACUUUGGGACAUCGAAACGCCUAGCAGGAAUCAAUCCUGUAACAGAAACCUUCACAGGAACUCUCCAGUAUAUGGCACCUGAGGUCAUUGAUCAAGGUGUUCGAGGUUAUGGACCGGCCGCUGAUGUAUGGUCUUUUGGUUGCACAACUGUGGAAAUGGCUACAGGAAAGCCGCCAUUCAUUGAACUAGGAUCACCUCAAGCGGCCAUGUUUAAAGUUGGAUUCUACAAAAAACAUCCAGAGAUACCAGAAGAAUUGUCAUCAAUGGCUAAGAAAUUCAUCUUGAGGUGCUUCGAGAUUGAUGUGCAAAAGCGUGCAACCGCAGCUCAACUUCUGGAGGAUCCUUUUCUCUCAGACAAACAUCGUAAAGCCGUUCGUACUCCUGCUCCAAAUGUAACAGAAUUCUCCAGAAGUGUUUCAGUUCCAGCUGAACGUCUUGUGUCAAAGAGUGUCUCACCUCACAACAGUCAAUCGUGUGCUACACCAACAACACCUGAACUAGAUAGCUGUUUGUCGUCGACAAAAACAUCACCGUCGAAGACUCCACUUCACAAUCACUUGGCUCCUAUUCAAAUUUCAUUGGCGACAACCAGUUUAAGUAGCAUCUCGAGUCCCACAAUUGAACUCGAAACUGAAACUGAUUCUAGUUCAUUCAGUUCAAAUAGAAGGUGCUCUGGGGGACUUUUGUCACCUGAGGUGGAACUGUCUGGAUCGUCUACGAAGAGUGUAUCAGGAGAAACGAGUGAAUGUGAUGGAUUUUAUAUGCUGAAGAAGGAUUCACAGAGAAGAACAACUUUAUCAAAAGUAUUGAGCAAUGAUGAAGAGAAAAUAUGCGACGUAUGGAUGGACAAACUUGUUAGUCAACACAAAGCACAAAUCGUGAUAAAUAAGUCCCAUUUGGAACUUAUGCUAAGGGCACUAAGGUCCUACAUAAUUGAGCAAAACAGGGAAUUUCUUGAGAAUGCCAUCAGUCAGUUGAAAAAGAAUCUGGACUUCGAUUCCACCGCAAUAGACCACCUUCAUCUAGCUCUAUAUUCCUUUCAAGAUGCUGUAAUUAGUGUCUUGAGAUCACACAGCAUAAAGCCUCAUUGGAUGUUUGCCCUGGACAAUCUUGUUAAGAGCGCUGUUCAGGAGGGAAUAACUGUGCUCUCUCCGGAACUUGGGGCUAAUUUGGCUGGUCAAAUUGAUGCAGGAGAUGACGAUGAUGGUGAGGAUAUGUCAACAUCUGGUGCUAGUACAGUAAAUUCAACCAAAAUGAAGCCUUCCAAGAUGUCCGGAGACAAGAAAUUCCUCAUUGAGGAAUACAAUCAAAUGAAAGCGGAGAAUAUGCGCCUAAUGCAUGGGCUAAUUGAAUCUCAGAAAGCUUUUCAGGCAUUCUUGAAGAGUGCUACAGAGGAGCACCAUGUAAAUUUGGAAGUUAUGAAGAACUUCAUGGGGCAACUGAACAGUACAAUAUCUCUCUUUGAGAGGAGCACAUCACAGGGCUACUCGAGUGAUAUCAGUGAAAAUGGACGUCAGAUUAAGGUGACAACAGAUGAUCCACCGACUCCUAAUGACACCGACUGCAAAAGACUUACGCAUAGAAGUUGCCUACACAAUAAGAAUGACUACUCUAGAUCUAUAAGCACAAUGUCCAAUCGUCGGAUUAAUUUUUCAAAUUCAGUCGUUGAUGCUCCAAAAAUGGACAGCAGACUCAAUGAUUGGCUCGUGAGCAACAACAUUGAUCAGCAAUCGAGGAAUAUAAUCCAUGGGGAAGAAUUCGCAUAUGAGGACUUUGUCUUUGGACUACAGAAAGAUGAUCUUCGGCGAUUGGGAUUAAGAAUUGGGGUAGAAGUAAAGAUUUGGAGUGCCCUGAUGAAUCACAGAGGAGCUCAUACAAACAUCACAGAAGAAGGAGCAGUUGUUGGUACAAAUUGCAUUGAGAAUGCAAAUCAAAGCAGGGAUUUGCACUUUGAUGGCCUUAAAGUGUCCAAGUCGAGUUCCAACUCCAACUGCAACAGCUUCGAUUCUGAUGAUUACGAAUCUUGCAAUGGGGUUGAUGAGAAGAGUGACUUGUAACCUUUGCUGCUUCUGGUAUUCUUCCCAAUUUUGCUAUUUUCACCAGUUAACUUGCCAUUUUCCCUGCAAAAGAACGCCUUUAACCCAGUGCCAUUUUUUUUCGUGUAAAUUUAUACUCAAGUGUAUAACAAAUACUUUAUUAUACAACUACAAUUUGAAUUGCUGAAACAGCACAAAAUGUAACAGAUAUGUGAUGAAAAAUAAGAAAAGAAUCAUGAACGUGAUGUGCCUUGAGAUGAUUAACUUACAAAGUUAUAUUUUUGUAAUUUAGAUAAUAGAAUCGAAUAGAAAGUGAAGAAACAGAAACAUCACAUAUUGAAUUUGUAAACAUUUAGAAUUGUACAAGAACAAAAUGUACUAAAGCCUAACACUAUUAUUCGUCUACUGUAAAAUGUUGAUACAAAAGAAAAACGAAUUUUCAUUGGUUAAAAACCUCAUUAAGAAAAAAGUAUAAGUACCUAUACUAAAAAAAUGUAAAUUGUAAAAAUAAUGUGUUAUAAUAUAUGAAAAAUAUUAAUUGAAA